AUGGCUUAUUACAACAUCAAGCGUCUUCAGAUCGAUCAACACCGUGCUUGGAUGUUGAGGGCUAUGUUAACGUUUCAUCUCGGAACCAUCAUCACAACACGUCUCCUAUUCCUCAUCGCUGGAAAUAUCAUCAGUGACGUCGGCAGCUACUACCAAAUCCAAACCUGCGACGAAGUAUGUUUCCUCUCACCGAGACUCGCCCUGAAAUACCCAGAAUGCCGCAAUGCAACUGGCAACCCGAGCAUCUUCGUCAAGGCCGAUUUCUCUGGUAAGAAUGGUCCCGAAGAAAUCGGAGCGGCGAUUGGAUUGUCUUUCGGAAUGUCCAUUUGGUAUGCUAUCGCCAUACAUAUGAUUGGCGUGGAAAUACAUUUGCGAUUGACACCCGCGGAAGAGCAGAGACUGAGAACGGUCAGCUAUGAGCGUCAACUGGAGACGGGAUACAGGAACCUGGGAAGCGCUGGUUUGACAGUUGAUCGUUGGGGAGAUGCUCUGGCGUGGAAACCUGCACCUUCGGCUAGUGCAGCGUCCCCAGGCGAGGGUGAUAAGUUGAGGAGUGACUCUAAUAAUCUAAUUAGGUAA